ACUCACACAUUGUUAAUGGAAACGCUCCUCGAACCGAAGAUACCGGAUCCGAAGCUUCAUGCUGUCCCUUUCACACACCGGUCGCCUUACGACAUCCAAUAGCGACGCAACAUGCUAUAGAUCAUCAAACAGAUUAAAGAAAACUAACAUCGAAUCUCACUUUUCCAUCCAGAAUACGAUAAAUGAAAGGUUCCAUGAGUAUUUUAUAGGAAAAUUGGAGAUGUAACAACAGAAUUUAAAGCCGGAGCAACAAAUGUGAGUGAUAGUGAUCGGGUAAAAGAAAGAGACAAGCGAUCGCUCGGUGUGGUGUUGAAGGCUGUGGAGGCGGCCAGUUUGACCAUUUUUUGUUGCACCGCUGAUUGUGAAAGAUUACACUCGAGAGUCGAAAUACAUCUUUACAUCACACGUCAGUGGGCACCGGGCUGUCUUCAAAGUAACACGGAUUAGACACACGCGAUUUUCGUCGACGUAAUCAUGCCUGCGUGCUACCUGUGAUAGUGAAAGACUGAUAUUGUGAUCCUUUGGGACUAUUUCUUGUGCACGAUCUAGAUCGGUGCUCGGAGCUGACUCUUGCUACGCCGUCUUUUCAUCUUCGCGUCAAUGGCUGUUUCAACACUGAACAUGACGCCCUACUUCACAGGAUAUUCUUUUCAAGGUCAGGGUCGUAUGAACCAGCUGGGCGGGGUGUUUAUCAACGGACGUCCGCUGCCGAACCACAUUCGCUUGAAGAUAGUGGAGAUGGCGGCGGCGGGUGUAAGGCCGUGCGUCAUAUCGCGACAACUGCGCGUCUCCCAUGGAUGCGUGUCUAAAAUCCUGAAUAGAUAUCAGGAAACUGGCUCCAUCCGUCCCGGUGUGAUCGGAGGAUCUAAACCGCGAGUGGCCACGCCUGAAGUUGAAAACAGGAUAGAAGAGCUCAAGAGACAAAACCCAGGUAUAUUUUCCUGGGAAAUUAGAGAUAAACUAAUAAAGGAAGGCAUCUGUGAUAAAAAUACCGCCCCGUCGGUCAGUUCCAUUUCGAGACUUAUAAGAGGAGGCAAAAGAGAUGAAUCAGACCCUCGAAGAAAUCAUAGCAUUGACGGUAUUCUAGGUCCCUCAUCUUGUGAAGACUCAGAUACGGAAUCGGAGCCGGGCAUCACGCUUAAGCGGAAGCAAAGAAGAUCAAGGACCACUUUCUCCGGAGACCAGCUCGAGGCCUUAGAGCGCGCUUUUACCAGGACCCAGUAUCCAGAUGUUUAUACCAGAGAAGAAUUGGCUCAAAAGACUAAACUUACUGAAGCUCGGGUUCAGGUUUGGUUCUCGAACAGAAGGGCUCGUCUUCGCAAGCAACUCAAUUCCCAACAACUCAGUGCAUUCAAUACGAUGUCUUUGCAAUCCGCAUUCCCAUCCGUCCAUCAACAAUACGAGCCUCCGUCAACUUUCAAUCCGCAGUGCACGUCUUGGCAGCAAUCUUAUUCCUCCGCAUUGGGUUCUAGUUCCGUUCUAAAUUCAGCGUUAGCUCCUUCGUUACAUCAAUCAUCGUUAACUCCGUCUGUCUGUCAAUCAGCAUUAGCAGCUUCUUCUCUCCACCCGCCUACGUCUACUUCAUUCUCUUCUGGAAAUCUUACACCUCUAUCACAUACAUCUGAACUCCCCACUCCGUUACAACCAGCUUCAGAUACCACUCCACCCAGUACAAGCCCAAUCACCAGUAGUCCAUCGAAUCAGAGCACUGGAAUCACUUAUCAGCACUCGUACGCUAAUCCCAGUGAAACCGUCUCCCAUCCUUACGGCUAUGGAGAUUAUUCGAAACAAGAACACGCCAUGUCGGCCCAUAACCAUUGGACCUCGAGACAACUCAGCGGUCAUCCUCAAAAUAAGCUGCCUGAUGUUGGUGCCUGGCCAGAAAAUUAUAGUUCAUUCUUCGGUACCAAUGCAUCGCAUUACGCAACUCAUGCGCAUUCUCCUACCGAAGCGAAGUCAGGUUAUCCUUACUUGGGACAACUUGGAGGCAUGGAUAUGGGAAGAGUACAUUAAAUAUUAUUUACAUAUAGUUUAAGAAAGUUUAUAUUAAAAAUAAUUUAAUAGGUUUACUCUGAAUGCCUUUACCAGUACUAUGGCAUAUCGUUAUGUGCCUUUUAAUAGAUUAAAGGUUAUGUAAUAUUUUGUAAAGUAUUUUCGAUUAUGUACAAAUGGUAUAAGUCCAGAA